UUUGUGGGAUUUAUGAAUCACUCUGGUGUAGUCUUGGGAAGUGUCUUUUUCCUCUUCUUCUUCUUUUCGGCUAAAUGGGUGAUCACGCAUUCGCUUUGCAGUUGCCUGGUCCCUCUAACAUCAUAUCCUUGUCGGAGUUGUCCCAGUUCAUCAGAUCCUACUACAGCAGCCCGGCGAGCCCGGUGUACGAUCUGCUGAAUUACAACCAUAAUAAUAACUCCUCGUCUCUGUUUCCCCUCGUUGCAGCUCAGCAAACCAUGCAGGAUGAUUUACUGAUGGACAAAAACAAAGCCCAGCCUCACCAUCAGCAAGAUCCGACGCAAGUAGACCCUCCUCCCUCCACCCCGACCCCGUCAUCGGAGCCCACUUCUUCUUCAUCGGAGUCGGAGAGCCCGUCGACCGGGAGCAACCAAGCGGCUUCAGCGCUGAACAGCAGCAGCAAGGACAAAGUGCCGAUGGAGUCGCCGAUCCUGCCCGGGUUGAGCUUCCACCACCAGCCGCAGGAGACCGGCGGCCCCCUUUCCUCCCCUUCCUCCUCGUUUGGGAGCACUUGGUCCACGGGAUCCACAAACGCCGUGGACGAUAGCUUUUUCCAGGGAAUACCCUCGGUGAACGGGACGAUGCUUUUCCAGAACUUCCCCCACCACGUCAACCCGGUCUUCGGGGGUAAUUUCUCCCCGCAGAUCGGUCUGGCUCCCCAGUCCCAGCAGCAUCAACAGCAAGCCCCGCAGCAGCAGCAGCAGCAGCAGCAGCAGCAGCAGCAGCAGCCCCAGCAGAGGAGAUCCCCUGUCAGCCCCAGUCAAGGCCCCUUCCCCCAGAGAAACGCUUAUCAGACCAUCAUGAAUAACAGCAAAGGGUCGUCGUCGUCCUCCUCCUCUGCCCCGUCGUCUGCUUGGAAUAAUCACCAAAACGCCGCCUGGAGCACAGCCUCCAACCCCUGGAGCGGGCUGCAGGCAGGCAGGGACCCGCGCAGAGCGGUGGGCGUCGGGGUCGGGGUCGGGGUCGGAGUCGGAGUCGGUGUGCCGUCAUCCCUGAACCCCAUCUCCCCCAUGAAAAAAGCCUAUACCAGCAAUGUUAUAGCACCCCCGAAAUUCCCAAGACCCGGUCCCCUCACCCCCAAGCCCUGGAUGGAGGACAGCGCCUUCAGGACUGACAACAGCAACAACAUACUGCCUUUCCAGGACCGGAAUCGGCCCUUUGAUGCUUUUAGCUUGCACUCUUUGGAGAAUUCCUUAAUGGAUAUGAUAAGGACUGACCAUGACAAAGGACGUAUGGGCCUCAACUUUCAUCAUCCUGGAGCAGACCACAUAAUGCCAUUGAAUAGUCGCUCCUGUCUUUUUCCCUUUGAGGAUGGUUUCCUCGACGACGGCCACGGUGACCCCUCCUUGACCCCGGGCCUGAACUCGCCAACCCGCUGUCAGAACGGAGAGAGGAUGGAGCGCUACUCCAGGAAGGUCUUUGUCGGAGGCCUCCCCCCUGACAUAGAUGAAGAUGAAAUCACCAACAGUUUCCGUCGCUAUGGGCACCUGGUGGUAGACUGGCCCCACAAAGCAGAGAGCAAAUCCUACUUCCCACCUAAAGGCUAUGCCUUCCUGCUCUUCCAGGAAGAGACUUCUGUUCAGGCUUUGAUCGACGCCUGCAUCGAGGAGGACGGCAAGCUCUACCUGUGUGUAUCCAGCCCCACCAUCAAAGACAAACCGGUCCAGAUCCGUCCCUGGAACCUCAGCGACAGUGACUUUGUCAUGGACGGCUCCCAGCCUCUGGACCCCCGCAAGACCAUCUUUGUAGGGGGUGUGCCGCGGCCCCUGCGUGCAGUGGAGCUGGCUAUGAUCAUGGACCGGCUGUACGGAGGUGUUUGCUACGCCGGCAUUGACACCGACCCGGAGCUCAAAUACCCGAAGGGGGCCGGCCGCGUGGCCUUCUCCAACCAGCAGAGCUACAUUGCUGCCAUCAGCGCUCGCUUCGUUCAGCUGCAGCACAAUGACAUCGACAAAAGGGUGGAGGUGAAGCCGUACGUCCUGGACGACCAGAUGUGUGAUGAGUGCCAGGGGGCACGCUGCGGGGGGAAGUUCGCCCCCUUCUUCUGUGCCAACGUCACCUGCCUGCAGUACUACUGCGAGUACUGCUGGGCCAGCAUCCACUCACGAGCCGGCCGAGAGUUCCACAAGCCACUGGUGAAGGAGGGGGGCGACCGCCCUCGACACGUGUCCUUCCGCUGGAGCUGAGGGGGGGGGUGUCACGAGUCAGCCCUGCCCCUCCGGUGAACCCACAACCGACCCCCUAAAAACCUCCUGCACCCCUACUACCCUACAGGCCGGGACAGAGCUGCAACCGCCCCUCCCCCACAGCCCCAGCCUACUCCACCCUGCUCCCCACAAACACCUCAUGAAAAAAAAGCAAAAAGGAUACCGUCAAAUACAUGGGACUGUCUUCAUGCCACACGGCUCUGAACUCAUUGUCUAGUGUUCCCUCUGAUGAAGCAUUGCGGGGAAAUGAAAUGCGAAAAGUCUAUCAGCUUAGAAUUUGCACUUUGGCACAAAAUCUCAUUAAACACACACACAGACACACACACAUAAACACACA